GUGAAAUCUUUGCUCCACAUCCAGGUGGAUGCAUUACAAGACACGCAACUGCGCCGAGCAGAGAAGAACAAAAGCGGGGCUAGGCUGAGCUCGCUCGAUAAAUGGGAGUGGCGGUGGCACAGUUCACGCUGACAGCCAGUGAGCGGAAGAUUUGUAAUCUCUGUCACAGAGCUGCUGUGCCAUUGCCCUCCGCGAGGAAGCUGCCGCCAGAGGAGUCACUGAGGCGACAAACUGGGGAUUGUCCCGGGCUGAGUCUUCACAACGAGCCGGGCUCAGAGCCGCCUGCCCCGCACUUGACGCAGCCGCUCUGUACUCAACAUGGCUCCGCUGCAGCCCACUAGGUGAAAUUUUUGCACAUUUUGGUGGCCGAGACGCCGCUUGAAGGACGAAUGACACCGGCUCACCCUAUGAUUUCAUCCUGCUGAAAGCAAUUGCGAGGCACCACAGUUUCUUCAUGGCGUCUCCACAACAGUCAAGAAUUCAGUCGUACCUGGAAAAGAAUAAAAUCGGACCCUUGUUUGAGGAGUUGAUGACCAAAUUGAUAACUGAGACACCAGACCAUCCAAUCCCUUUUCUCAUUGAUCACCUGCAGACCAAGCAAGACAGCCCUGGCAAGCUGCACAGAGCUCUUUCUGGCUCCGCAGCACUGUGGGCACAGAGCUCCCCAGAAAGCAAAAACACUCGAAGGGAGUACAGCAACUAUGAGAAGCCAUGGCAAAUUCACCCAAAGAAACCGAAAAAGUCCAAAAGCGAUCUGGCUGUUUCAAGUAUCUCUCCUCCUUCACCAGAAUCCAAGUCUUUGCCACGGUCAGUCGAGUACCCAUCCUGGGACUGGAGGGAGAGUCGGGACUUUGAUGAGCUCAACCACAUUUUGCAAGAGAGCAAGAAGCUGGGCAAGGCCCUGGAGAGCCUGUCGCGUAGCAUUGCCAUCUCUGAUGAGCUCGACCAGAACCUGGGAGGCUAUAACUCAGUGUUGCGCCCUCGGGUGGUGGGGGAGUGGGUUGGUCGUGAGGAAGAGGACGCAGACCCACUCGCUGCUGAAAUGCUGCACCCCCCUGUCCCUCGGGCCAAAACUGAAGUUUGUAGGAGUGGAGACAGCAGCCCUGCUGGGAGCCUGAAGAUGGAAACAAAGAGCAAAGGGCUAAAGGAACAGCAGCAGCAUCAUAAGAAGCUCCUGGCAGCCAUGUUGUCCCAGGACUCCUUUGAUUCAGUCCACAGCCCAGCCCCCUCCGUUGCAGAGGAAGAGAUGGAAGACGAGGACGAUGCCAUGGAGCUUCUGGAGGACCUGGAUGACCUGCGAAUGGAGGGUGUGACAGGCUUGGCUCCAUCCGGCAGUAAAUUUAGCCAGGGACGCAGCUUCUAUCAGCCUGAACCGCAGGCCAAAGUUACUCUCAACAUCUGCUCUAGGUGUGCCAGGUUGCAGGGGGACAGUCUAUCAGACAGUAGAUCUGAAGAGGAGCACAGGCCUACCACAUCUGAACAAGCUGUACCUGACAUCUCCUCUCCAUUGCCUGGGGUGGACACAGUGGCAGGACGGUUACAGGAAUGCGAGGCCUUGUCUCAAGUGUCAGUCUCUCGUCAGGAUGUCUGGGAGGCUGAUCUGAAGGCUGCGAGAGGUGGGAUCUCUGUCGGGCAGAAGGGCCUGCUACUGGACGACUCCCUCUUUUCUAAGGAGCUGGAGAACAUGGGCAAGCAACUCGCUGAGGUUGAGAAGGAUCUGGCCAAGCUGGCAGAAGUAGGGAAGAUGACCACUCGGAGCUCUAAUAAUCUGCACAGUAGUCUGCUCCACACUCCUCUGCACCACAGAACACUACCCGACACACUUCCUCUACCCAGUCUGGUUUCCAGGCCCCAGUCUCCAGCUGGAAGCCUUCCAGGAAAGCCUUGUGGUGUGGGUUUCAGUUUGCUCAGCCCCAAGCCCACCUCCUUGGUCAUGGGUCGGACUCAAUCUCCCAGAACACCCAGCAGGCCUCUGACUCCAAAUAGUUUACUGACACGCUCCACCUUUAACCCUGGAUCUCAUAAAGAGGUGACCUUCAGGAGGUCGCGGAGCCGCCCUGUGACGCCCACAGGUCAGCCCACACAUCCCCGACCACUGCUCACCCCUCCUGGACUAAGCACUACAGACAGCCUUGGUGCCAGCUUACGGGCCUAUCUGUCAGAGGACGAGUUUUACCAGCAGUUACAGGCCAUCAGACAGCCCUGGCAUAUUCCCAGUGACACAGACAGUGACAUCCUGGAGCCUCCUGAACAGGAUAAGAGUUGUGCAAGAGAUGCCAAUAAGAGAUCCGUGUUUUCAGGCCUAUAGUGAUGAAGACCAGAGACAUUGAUCCAAUCAAACUAUUAUGCAAACCACUGGAAAUUUUGAAUAUGUGUACAGAAUCAAUUAUUUUUAUAAUUCAUAUGAGUGAAAAAAAAGAUUAUAUACUUUUUUUCACAGAUAUUUCAUAGACAUUGUACUGUAACUCUAUGAUAACAUGUGAAAAUAUUACUUCAGAGUAUGAAAUACAACAUUUAUUUUUGUUUGCUCUAUAGCAUGCUAUUGAACUUCCAUGUGGAGUCUAGAAACAGAUGCAUUUAGUUGUUGGCAGACUCUUUCUAUGCCUAGCUCAUAUUCACGUUGUGAGGGCAGCACACCCAUGUUAAGAAAACAUUUACUGAUAUGCACUGUUAAAAGAUGUAGUGUUUUUCAAAUAACAAAUACGCAAGUCAUGGGGGAAUACAAGGAAUGCCGUUAUCUUAAUUAAAAUGAUUUGGUGCACAUGUCCCAAUUCUGUUUAUGUGCUUCCUUUUGUAUUUAAAAAAUUCUGAAUUUCAAUGUGCAAACACUAACAGAGGAGUUAAACUGUGGAGCUGUAGAAAUCUAUCCUGACCAUUACUACAUUGCUCGUGUGUGUUUGCCUGGGCAUGUUUUGGUUAAAGUGUGGUUGUCUGAGUGUUACACAUGCAACGUCAGCACUAGAGACACACACCAUGGACACACUCUCCAACCUGACACAGUCUGAUCCCUCCAUUCGAACCCUACUCAGUUUUGUGGUAUGUUACACCCUGCCAUGCCAACUUUUGGCUUUUUCUGUCUCUUUUGAUGUGGUCAACAAUCUACUCAAAUCUCCUGUCUCAUUUCUUUGAGGGUGAUUCCUGUAAAAGGAUGUGUGAGAGGACUAAUCACUUAAAAUCCCAUCCCGUAAAACAUGUUAUGUGGAUUAAUGUCCAGUGUAUUUCAGCACAUUUAUUGCUCAUUUGAAAGAAUGUGGUUUUGAAAGAUCUGUGGAAGAAUUUGAGGACAUGGCAUAACCGAGUCAAAUCUGUGCCUUGAUAUAAUCUUUAUAUCACUAUAAACAAUAUUUUCCUGUCAGAAAAGGGAAAUGACUUGCAUUGCAUAUAGCAAUUCUCCUACUUCAUGUUACAUUUCCACUUUGUUGGAGGGGAGUUCAGAGUGUGAUCACUAUCUGUUCUCACCAGCAUGCUAUCUUCGUUUAUACUCUUCUGGAACUUCUUUGAGUUCAUAUGUCUCCUCCAGUCUUUCAGUUGUUAUGUCAGCAUAAUAUCAAGGCAUGAGGAGUUCUGAAAUAAGGCAAGACAGUUUGUGAGAUUAAGACUUCAAUUACUGCCAAAGAUUUAACACAAAGACAGCGCUCUGAUGCUUUCCCUCCCUCUGUGUAUCUGUAAAUGCCUCAGUGCGAAACAACUUAUAAAGCUGAAAUGGUGGCAACAUUACUGAUACCUUUUCUUUGUAUAGUAUCUUAUUAUAGCCAUAGGACUUCUUUAUGAUUAUUCCAAAGAUGAUCGUGAUUGUUAAUUUUACACUGCAUAUAUAAUCAUUUAGUUAAAACUGCACAAUAUCAGUCAUGUAUGCAAUGUUAUUAAGAAUCAGAGUUUCAUAGUUUCAUAUUAUUAAUACCAUCUCUCUGGAGCAUGAAACCUCUAUCUUUAAAAGUAUGUUUUAUGUGCAGGCUUUAUACACCAGGCCCAUUCAAAGCAACUGCAAAGGCCACCCAGGAAUAGCGGCAGACAUCACUGUACUUACUGGGAGAUCCAGACCACCAUCAAUGGUCAGCAGGCUGACCAAGGUCUUAAUUUACAACUGAACAGACUGGGAUUUAUCCUAACAUACAGCACAAAUAAAAUCUAUGGUGGAAGGGAGGUAUGCUUUGAAGGCAUAUAAAGUCAGUAUCACUCGCUGCCUCAAAUGUUCCAGUAUGGUGAGAAUAUGUUAUAUGUGGAAAACUAGCAGUGAGUGUAUGUGAGACUGGGUCUGUGUCAGUGCACACAGAAAGUGUGUGCAGAUUUGUAAAACUGUUGAGCUUUUUGUUAAAAUGAGAGCUGUGAUACUGAGUAAGAAAUAAACCAUAAGGUUUGAAAGUUGGGUUGGAAAUUUAAUAUAUAAUUAAUUACCUUCUAUAGCCUCUUAAAAUGAAGAGGGGUGAGAGGGAAAUGAAGAGCAGGAGGACACAGCGCAUGUACAUACGCCAUGGUAAUAUGUUUUAUUUAACAUUUACUUUAAUAUUCUCAGUUCUUUAAAUACUUUACAUUUUCCAAGAAAAAAAUGCCAUCUCCUGUCAUCUUCCCUUACCAUGUCCAGACCAUUGUUUGUACAUUACAUUCUCUCUCUUUAAUAUUAAAAGAAAGCAAUCUGAAUAAAUAGCUAGUACUUUACGUAAAGCUAUGGUAUCACUAAACUAGCGCAUGUAUAAUUAUGGAAAAGCUCCAUUUUAAAACGUUUUUGUGAGGACUCCUCUACAGAACCAACCGGGUAGGUUUGUGUGGCUGUUUUUUAUGGUAACUGUAAUUCAAAACAUAAUCAACAAUCUGGAUUUUGUUUUCUGUGUUCAUUGAAGUGAAUUUCCUGCUCUCACAGAGCUAAUGAAAUCAGCCUCCACUGUUAUUUAACUGUUAACUUCAUCAAGGCUGUCAUCAACAUGAAAGUUACCUUGUUGCUCUGUGCUGUCAUUUCAAGCCAUGUUCUGCCCCACUAAAGAAAUUCACUUUGUUUUACAAUAUUUAUAGUAAUAAACAUUUAUAGUUGCAGUAGAAGCUAAAAUAAACAGUCUGACCCCUGUCAUUGUGUGCAUAGCAGAUCAUGAGUUCACAUCUUGUUGACAGCACAGAGUUCAUGUUCACAGCCAGUAUUGAGCUGUUCUGCUCCAUUGGAACAAAGGGUGUACAAUUACCCCAAUCUUGGACAUGUAUUUUGGUAACCUCAUAGUAUUUUGGGAGUUGAUGAUUAAUAAGAAACAUCAAAGAAAAACAUGCAGCCUUAUUUCAGCCAGAUUUCAGCCCUAUAUGAUGUUUAAAAUCAUGCUCUCUUCCAUGGUUUGUCUAAACCUUUUAAAAAUCGAUGGUCAAAGUGGGAAACAGACCCAGGGUCUGAGGUUGGCAGUGAGCAUGACAAUGAAGAGGAUGUGUUGUCUUAUUCAUUGCCAUGUGGGAUUUAUUAUUGAAUGCUAACAAAAUAAUAAUUAAAAUUUUCCUAAAAUUCUUAGGCGUUCAAAUAUUGUCAUGAUU